GUGAAGAAACAAGGGGAAAGGGAGAGACUGGGGACCCUGACCAGAGGGGACUUGCAGAAGGUGGCAAAAGGAGCUGAAACCACCAGGGUGGGAGCCCCUGCCCACAGGGCUGGCUUGCAGAUGGGCAGAGUUUCAGCGGCUGACAUCUUCAUUUCCUGCCCCUAGCUUGGUUUCAAAAAACCAAAGGGACACCUGGGGCCCUCAAUAAAUAUUUGUCCAGCUCAUGAAUGAGUAAAGGCGAGGCAAGGGGUGUGUUUUGAAAGCCCAUGCUGGCCAACCACACCCCAGCAGUCGCAGCUGGAUAAAAACUCUCCCUCCCGAGGCCGACUCCAGGGAAGAAACUCUCAGGUUGCAGCGGCCUCACUGGGUCACAGGACUGCAAGAGCGGAGCCAUGCCCAGGUACACGGUGCACGUGCGCGGGGAGUGGCUGGCAGUGCCCUGCAGGGAUGCGCAGCUCACGGUGGGCUGGCUAGGCCGCGAGGCCGUGCGGCGCUACAUCAAGAACAAGCCAGACAACGGUGGCUUUGCCUCCGUGGACGCCGUGCAAUUCCUCGUGCGCCGGUGCAAGGGCCUGGGCCUGCUGGACAAUGAGGACCUGCUGGAGGUGGCCUUGGAGGACAAUGAGUUCGUGGAAGUGGUCAUAGAAGGUGAUGCAAUGUCCCCUGACUUCAUUCCCUCUCAGCCAGAAGGAGUUUACCUAUACAGCAAAUACCGGGAGCCUGAAAAGUACAUUGACUUAGAUGGGGACAGUCUGACCACAGAGGAUCUGGUCAACUUGGGAAAGGGACACUACAAAAUAAAGCUCACUCCUAUUGCUGAAAAGAAGGUGCAGAAAUCCAGGGAAGUCAUAGACAGCAUCAUAAAGGAAAAGACUGUUGUUUACGGCAUUACUACGGGUUUUGGGAAGUUUGCCAGAACCGUCAUUCCUAUCAAUAAACUACAGGAACUUCAGGUCAAUUUGGUUCGUUCCCAUUCUUCAGGUGUUGGGAAACCACUCAGUCCUGAGAGGUGUCGGAUGCUCUUGGCCUUAAGGAUCAAUGUCUUAGCCAAAGGAUACAGUGGCAUUUCCCUGGAGACCCUCAAACAAGUUAUUGAAGCAUUUAAUGCCUCCUGCCUUUCCUACGUUCCAGAGAAAGGCACUGUUGGUGCCAGCGGAGACCUCGCCCCGCUCUCUCAUCUUGCUCUUGGGCUAAUUGGAGAAGGGAAGAUGUGGUCUCCAAAGAGCGGCUGGGCGGAUGCUAAAUAUGUCCUGGAAGCUCAUGGAUUGAAACCAGUUGUCCUGAAACCAAAAGAGGGCCUGGCACUCAUCAAUGGGACACAGAUGAUCACCUCCCUGGGCUGUGAAGCUGUGGAGAGAGCCAGUGCCAUCGCCAGGCAGGCUGACAUCGUGGCGGCCCUGACCCUGGAGGUGCUGAAGGGAACCACCAAAGCCUUCGAUACGGACAUCCACGCUGUCCGCCCUCACCGGGGUCAAAUCGAAGUGGCUUUUCGGUUUCGGUCACUGUUGGACUCGGAUCACCACCCUUCAGAGAUAGCAGAGAGCCACAGGUUCUGUGACCGUGUUCAGGAUGCAUACACCUUGCGCUGCUGUCCACAGAUCCAUGGCGUGGUGAAUGACACCAUAGCGUUUGUGAAAGACAUCAUCACCACAGAACUGAACAGUGCAACAGAUAAUCCUAUGGUCUUUGCCAGCCGGGGAGAGACAAUUUCCGGAGGAAAUUUCCAUGGUGAAUACCCAGCCAAAGCCCUCGACUAUUUGGCCAUUGGCGUCCAUGAACUUGCUGCAAUUAGUGAAAGAAGAAUCGAAAGGCUGUGUAACCCCUCCCUCAGCGAGCUGCCUGCCUUCCUGGUGGCUGAAGGUGGUCUGAACUCUGGUUUCAUGAUAGCCCACUGCACAGCUGCAGCCCUUGUUUCUGAGAACAAGGCUCUUUGCCACCCCUCAUCUGUGGACUCCCUCUCUACCAGUGCUGCCACGGAGGAUCACGUCUCCAUGGGAGGGUGGGCAGCCAGGAAGGCCCUCAGGGUCAUCGAGCACGUAGAGCAAGUGCUGGCUAUUGAGCUUCUUGCAGCCUGCCAGGGCAUAGAGUUUCUACGGCCCCUGAGAACAACCACUCCACUGGAGAAGGUCUAUGACCUGGUGCGCUCUGUUGUGAGGCCCUGGAUAAAAGAUCGCUUCAUGGCUCCAGACAUUGAAGCGGCACACAGGCUGCUCCUGGAGCAGAAGGUUUGGGAAGUAGCUGUACCCUACAUCGAGAAAUACAGAAUGGAGCAUAUUCCAGAAUCAAGACCUGUUUCUCCAACAGCCUUUUCACUGGAAUCUCUACACAAGACCACUAAAAUCCCAGAGUCUGAGGAUCUUUAAUGACUUUGUCAGAUCAACUUAGCAGAUCAGAUGACCCUUAGCUCAACACAAAAGAGUACCAUAUUGGAACUUUCCUGGGUAGAUCAGCCCAUUAUAUACUGCAGAUCCUCUGGAUCAUGCUCUGGCUAAGCUGGUGGUACUAUUACAGAUGCUAAGUCCUGUGGUAUGUUCCUAUUGCUACGACUUGAGAUGUUCCAGGUAUCCUCAGGUGUCCACAGGUUUUAGAACUUUUCUUUCUUUCUUAACAAUAUCAUUAGGCUACUUAUUCUUAAGAAUAGCUACAGUUGCAAUGGGUCUAGUUUUAACUCAGUGUUAGAUGAACUCAAAUUUGAAAACAGAUUGAUAGCAUUUUUUUCAAAAAAAAGAAAACUUCAUUGAUGAAUCUUACUAUUAUUUUUUAUUCAUUUCCACAAGCUCUCUGCUAGUUGACUUUCUUUAGCUGAUUGCAUUAUGUUAUAUGACAAGUGCUUCUUCAUAUGACCUUCUAAACAACCAUUUUAAGUCGUAAUUUGUUCUUAAGGUGCUAUUCCUUCUAUUAGUUGAAUUACAGUAAAGAAUAGUUCAUAGGUUUUAAGCAAUUAAGUACAGAGUUGGUAAAAACCCACAGGGAGUUUUAUAUGGAAAUGAGUUAAGGAAUGAACAUAAAGAUUGCUAUUUGGGUGGCC